AUGCAUACUUCCGAUCAUCCUGGUUUGCUUCUGAUCUCUAUCAAACUUGAUGGAUCUAACUUUGAUGAUUGGGAAGCUGCGAUGAAGAUUGCUUUGGAUGCGAAGAAUAAAAUCGGUUUUGUAGAUGGAUCGAUAUUACGUCCUCUUGAAUCCGAUCUAAACUUUCGUGUUUGGUCUCGUUGUAACAGCCUUGUUAAGUCAUGGAUUCUUAACUCGGUAUCAACUCAGAUCUAUCGUAGUAUCUUGCGCUUGAAUGAUGCUACUAAUGUUUGGCGUGAUCUUCACAGGAGAUUUCAUAUGACGAACUUGCCACGAACUUACAACCUCACGCAGGAGAUACAUGAUCUGCGUCAGGGCUCUCUUUCCCUCUCUGAUUACUUCACCAAGCUAAAGACUCUAUGGAGCAGUUUGGAGAGUUGUGAAGAAGCUGAUGAUCCUGUACGAAUCAAUGAAUCAUAUGAUGUGAUUCGCAUAAUGAAGAAGACUCUGCCUUCUCUAACUGAAGUUUAUAACAUCCUUGAUCAAGAUGACAGUCAGAAGAGUUUUGCGACUGCCAUUUCACCUGCUGCUUUUCAGGUGUCUGAGACUUCAGUUUUACCUUCGAGUGUGUGCUAUGUUCAAACGGGAACUCACAAAGGCAAACCUAUUUUCUCGUUCUGCAACAAAGUUGGUCACAUUGCGGAGAGAUGUUACAAGAAGCAUGGUUUUCCUCCAGGUUAUACUCCAAGAGGCAAAACACCUGAGAAGUUUCAGAAAUCACCUUCUGUUACUCCUGCGGUUCCUACCUCUACUAAACCUGAAGUGAAGUCUCCAUCUCUUGACAAAUUAAUUGGUAAUCUCUCUAAAGACCAGAUUCAGUAG